GGCCACGCGGGGGGCACCGGCACGCAGCGGCCGCGCCGCGGCUUUGAAAGGAUGGUUUGGCUGGUUUCUUUUUCGCCCGCCUCUCCAGUUAAUGCUUUUAUUUAUUUAUUUACCCAUCGCUAAGCAGCUGCUCCGCGAUGCCCGGCGGGCGAGCGGCGCGGUCGGAGGGGCGCCGCGGCUGCUCCAGGUGACCCAUGCCCUCUUUGGCCGCAACAUGGCGGGCUGGGAGCCCUUCUCGGCCGUGCUGUCCGCGCUGCGCCGCUGCUACGCCGAGGCCGUCCCGCUGGAGACCUUCGUCCGGCGGCUGGGGGACGGCGGCGCCGGGGACGCCGAGGUGCUGCGUCCCGGCGACGUCCCCGGCUACCGCACCUUCGUGGGGCAGUGCCUCGUGUGCGUCCCCCGCGGCGCCCGCGCCAUCCCGCGGCCCUUCACCUUCCAGCAGUUAUCUAGUCAGAGUGAGGUGACCACAAGAGUCGUUCAGAGACUGUGUGAAAAAAAGAAGAAGAACAUCCUCGCAUAUGGAUACUCCUUACCAGAUGAAAACAGUUCUCAAUUCCCAGUUGUGCCAUUUUCAAAGAUACACAGCUACCUACCCAAUACUGCCACAGAAACUCUUCGUAUCAGCGGCUUCUGGGAGACACUGUUGAGCCGGAUAGGGGAUGAUGUGAUGAUGUAUUUAUUGGAACACUGCGCAGUCUUUAUGAUGGUUCCCCCUAGUAAUUGUUACCAAGUUUGUGGGCAACCGGUUUAUGAACUUAUUUCACAUAAUGUAGACUCAUCCCUGGUGUUUGUUAGACAAAGGUUCUCAAGGCAUAAACAUACUAGCUUGAUAAAAUAUAUACGGAAAAGGCUUAUGUUUCAUAGAAAUUAUCUUCUAAAGCUAUAUGUGUGGAAGUACAGACGAAGAUUUGAAAAUAGUGUCUUCAGAUUGAGAAAUGAAGGAAAUAACAAGAGACAAAGUCUAGUGCCUACUGACCAGUGUUCUGCAAAAGCUGUUUCUAAAGCGAGCAAACAGAUCAGAACAGUUAGUGAACAUCAGGAAAAACAGAGUAGCUCCAGUUCUCAUGUUUCAGCUACAACUCCAUCUCUGAAAAGGAGGAUUCAUAGAGAACAACCUGAAAUUCCAGCCAAGAGAGCAAAAAUAGGGGAAAAAGUGAGAGAGGAAAAGGCUUGUUCUCUUGUUGCUGAUGUAAACCAAAGUAGUUCUAAGAGAUCUGAAACAGGGUAUGUAGCUACAGCUCCAUCUCUAAAAAGGAAGAUUCGUAGAGGACAGCCUGAAAUUCCAGCCAAGAAGGCAAAAACAGGGGAGAAAGUGAGAGAGGAAAAGGCUUGUUCUCUUGUUGCUGAUGUAAACCAAAGUAGUUCCAAGAGAUCUGAAACUGGGUACAUAGCUACAGUUUCAUCUCUGGAAAGGAAGAUUCACAGAGAACAACGUGAAGUUGCAGCCAAGAGGGUAAAAACAGGGGAGAAAGUGAGAGAGGAAAAGGCUUGUAGUCUUCUUGGUGAUGUGAACCAAAGUAGUUCCAAGAGAUCUGAAACGGGAUAUGUAGCUGCAGUUCCAUCUCUGGAAAGGAAGAUUCACAGAGAACCUGGAGUUCCAGCUAAGAGGGCAAAAAUAGGGGAGAAAGUGAGAGAGGAAAAGGCUUGUUCUCUUGUUGCUGAUGUAAACCAAAGUAGUUCUGAGAGAUCUGAAACUGGGUAUGUAGCACCCUGUUCCGAAAGUGUCAUUAAAACCCCCCAUAUUUCCGAAAGAAGUAGCAGUACCGUGUCUCGUCGUUCUUUGGUUCACACAUCUCGUGGCAGGAGGAAGUUUGUGGCAGGUAAAAGCUCUCUUCUGCAUAGAGUUCAGACUAACAAGCCUUUAGAGUCCAACAGUGAAGUGCAAGCAGAAUCCCAUAGGAAAAGAGUAGAGAUGCAUACGUAUGAAUCUCAGUUGGCUUCAGGACAAACCAAAUCCAUGGAGGGUACUUCAAAAUGCAGAGGGCAGGAAAGUCUCCAAUCUCAAUUAUCAAAGAAGUUACCAAAUAGACUCCUGAGUUCUGCAGUAUACAUUGAGAGGAAGUCUCUUCUGUAUUCUUGCAGGAGUCUCCAAGAAUGUUUUCCUAAAUCAUUUGUAUUGAAUUGCUUGCAGGGCUCUCAGGCAGGUGGAAGACUGCUUAUAGAAGCUAUAUUCUUAAGUCGAAAUCAGGUGCAGCAAAGGCAUAACCAAAGUCUGCCGGAACACAAGCGGAGAAAGAAGAGGUUGCCCAAGCGCUACAGGCAAAUGAGGCAUACAUUUCAGAACCUGCUAAAGAACCAUGGAAAGUGUGCUUACCUAGCUCUCUUGAGAAAAAAUUGCCCCAUUCGGAUAUCUGAAAUCAGCAUGAGAAAAAUCAUGCUGUCUUGUCGGGCAGCCUUACCUGGGGAAGCAGAGGUUCACAAGCAUGCAGAACAGUUUGGGAAAGAGCCUGCUAAGUGUGUGAAAAGCAGCAGAUGUCAGUCUGGUCACGCUGAUGUACCAGACAACUUAGAUGCUCCCAUUCCAGAAUCUGUGUGUGAGGAGUCACCACCAAGUGAGAAGCAAAACCUGGUAGAGACACAUGAUUCAGUCCUCAAGGAGCUCCUCAAGCAGCACAGCAGCCACUGGCAGGUGUACAUGUUUGUGAGGGAUUGCCUGGAGAAGGUCAUCCCUUCUGAGCUUUGGGGUUCAAACCACAACAAGUGCCGGUUUCUAAAAAAUGUCAAAAUGUUCAUUUCUGGGGGAAGGUUUGCUAAGGUUUCGUUGCCGGAGUUGAUGUGCAGGAUGAGAGUGAAUGACUGCAUGUGGCUUCGUCUAGGCAAAGGUGAUCACUUUGUUCCUGCCGAUGAACAUUGUUUCCGUGAAGAACUUCUGGCCAGAUUCCUGUACUGGAUGAUGGGUACCUAUGUUGUUGAGUUGCUCAGAUCAUUUUUCUAUGUCACCGAGACCAUGUUCCAGAAAAACAUGCUCUUCUACUACCGAAAGUUUAUUUGGGGCAAGUUACAGAACAUUGGAAUUAGAAACCAUUUUGUCAAACUACAGCUACGGCCUCUGUCUUCAGAGGAGAUUGAAACUAUCCGUCAAAAAAAAUUUGUUCCAAUGGCAUCAAAGCUCCGGUUUAUUCCCAAACGAAAUGGGUUGAGACCUAUAGUAAAAGUGAGCGGUGUUGUCGAACCACGAGCACUCAGCAAGGAAAGCAGAGAAAAAAAGAUGAAUUGUUACAACACUCAGCUAAAAAAUCUGUUUAGUGUGUUAAAUUAUGAACGGACUAUAAACACCAGUUUUAUAGGCUCUUCAGUGUUUGGGAAGGAUGAUAUCUACAAGACAUGGAAGCAAUUUGUUAAAAAGAUUCUUGAAUCUGGUGGUGAAAUUCCUCAUUUCUACUGCGUAAAGGCUGAUGUGUCCAGGGCUUAUGAUACCAUCCCUCACAAUAAACUUGUGGAAGUGAUUUCGCGGGUCCUGAAGCCUGAGAAGAGAACCGUGUACUGCAUACGGCGCUAUGCUGUGAUUAUGAUAACCCCAAGUGGAAGAGCCAGGAGGCUCUAUAAGAGACAUGUUUCUACCUUCAAGGACUUUAUGCCAGACAUGAAGCAGUUUGUGUCCCAGCUUCAGGAGAGUGUCUCAUUGCAGAAUGCAAUAGUAGUUGAACAGAGCUUAACUUUCCAUGAGACAAGUUCCAGCCUGUUUAAUUUUUUUCUUCAAAUGAUACAUAACAGCAUCCUGAAGAUUAGGAACAGGUUCUACUUACAGUGCUGUGGAAUUCCACAGGGCUCCAUUUUGUCAAGCUUACUUUGCAGCUUAUUCUAUGGAGAUAUGGAAAACAGGUUGCUCUCUGGAAUACAGAAGGAUGGAGUCCUAAUACGUCUCAUUGAUGAUUUUUUGCUGCUUACACCACAUUUAAUGAAGGCAAGAACUUUUGUAAGGACUCUAGCAACAGGUAUUCCUGAGUACGGCCUUUUAAUAAACCCAAAUAAGACAGUGGUGAAUUUUCCUGUUGAUGAUAUCCCAGGAUGUUCCAAAUUUAAACAGCUGCCAGAUUGUCGUUUGAUCCCGUGGUGUGGUUUGUUACUAGAUAUAAAAACACUCGAGGUUUACUGCGAUUACUCCAGUUACACCUGUACUUCUAUCAGAUCAAGUCUUUCCUUCAAUUCAAAUGUAACAGCUGGGAAAAACAUGAAAUACAAACUGAGUGCAGUCCUCAAACUGAAAUGUCAUAGUUUAUUUCUUGAUUUACAGAUCAACAGCCUUAGAACAGUUCUCAUUAACAUCUACAAGAUAUUUUUACUCCAGGCUUACAGGUUCCAUGCCUGUGUUAUUCAAUUUCCAUUCAAGCAGCAAGUUAGAAAAAAUCCUCGUUUCUUCCUAAGGAUUGUUUCUCAGACUGCAUCAUGCUGCUAUGCUAUCCUGAAAACAUUAAAUGCAGGGAUUGCCGAAGGUAACAAAGAUGUAUCUGGCAUAUUCCCUAUUCAGGUAGCAGAAUGGCUCUGCUACCAUGCCUUCAUUGUCAAACUGUCAAAUCACAAAGCUUUUUACGAAUGUCUGCUUAAACCCUUAAAAGUCUGUAAGAGGAGGCUAAUCAGGAAUGUCCCAGAGGAUACUGUGGCACUACUGCGGACAGUGACAGAACCAUCUCUUUGUCAAGAUUUCAAAGCUAUCCUGGACUAACUGAUUGAGGUUUAGUUCAUUUAGAAUUUUCCCACAUUUGAAAAUAAAUACUGUGUCUUUGGGUGACUUCUCUGUAGUUUAUUUUGGUAGACUGGCCCAAAAGCAAGUUCACUCAGAAGUUUUAUGUGUUUGCUUCUUAGAAGAAACAAAAAGAGCAGACAGUUUUGUUAAUACCUUCUUGUUUGGGUUUUUGUUUGUGGGGUUAUUUUUGUAAAUUCACAGGCUGUUUGAAGUAAUUUACUUGGCUAUGUUCCAUGAUUCCCAUCUUCUUGAUGGAGGAAUCAUUAAACUAUGUUCUGUAUAAAAUUAUUUAUUUUUUUGUUUCAGUGAGUUGUCUUGAAGAGGUGUUUUUUACUUAUCUGUGUUGCAGACUAUUUUAUAAUAAAUUGUCUGGUUAAUUGCAAUACCACAUAUUUGUUUCCACAGACUUUAUUUUAUAGUAAUCUGUAAUAUGCUGGUUUAUGUCACAAAAAACAGUUAUCUGCACAGGGCAAAUUCAUUUCAUGGCAAGAUGCAGAGGCUAGAAGUUUUAUGCUUUGCAGAUCACAACUAAUAUAUGCCAAAAUGUCACUGUCCAAGCUGAUUAUUUUUGGUUUAUUUAUUUUGAAUACUCUGUGAUAUUUUUAAUACAGUGUUGUACAGAAUGAUAUUGUUGCAUUUGUACCUGCAAAACAAAAGUUCUUGAUUAGAUAAUAUGCCAAGUAUAUUGCUUUUCUAUUUGCAUAUAUUUGGUGCUGUAAAAACAAUUUUUUUAUAAGGACAUAUAGUGAUAGAAAAAGGGAAAAUUAUUUUAUAGAGGGAGUUGGUUUACAUUCAGUAUAAGGAAGAAAUUCUUUACUGUGAGGGUGUUGAGAUGCAGGAAGAGGUUGCCCAGAGGAGUCGUGGUUGGUUCAUACCUGGCAAAUCCCUACCACCCGGGGACCGGUGGUUGAUUUGCAGUAUUGCAGUCUGUCCAUUAACAUCAUAACUCAGUUCAAAAUGCAUGGUCAGUCACACAGGUUUGGGGUUUUUUCUGUUUGUGAAGUGGCACCCUUAAAGUAUAUUUCAAAAAAGUCACAGAACAGUUGCUCCUACUGGAGAUGAAGAACAACAACACUUUUUGCUCUCCAGUCCGCAGCUCAAACAUUUAAACACCCCCAUGCCCCUCCGUGGUCUGCAGUGAUACUGGAUGAGGGAGCACUAUCUGGGAAAGCAUUGCAUAAGAGAUGCCUGGCAGUGCAGAAAGCUUUAUUUUAUGGGAUCACGUGGCAGUGAGCGACAGCAAGAUGCUCCAAAAUGAAGAAUGGAGGGAAUGUAAACUUCACCAAUGGCUUGGUUAACCCAUUUUUCUCUGAGAAUAUAAACUUAUGAUGUGGUCUCAGCUGAAGGUGUAAUUUUAUAAAAAUGAAUGUAAGUGUAAUGCUUGCAAUUCUCUGAGCUGAUGUUUGCCUUUCCCAACAAUUACUCCCUGAGUCAGCAGUUUUAAACAGUAGGUGUUUGUAAACAGAUACAAAUAUGGUGUAGAAAUCACAAGAGAAGAUUAUUUAAUUUAAAAUAUCUUUCCCUCAAAAAGGCAAGUGAAAGUAAAGCUGAAACUGGUAUGUGUUUUAGCAAGUAGAGAACUUGGAAACUUGAAGUUACUUCUGUGGGUUAUGGUAAUUGGAAAGAAAAUACUAUGAGUAUAUAUGGAAGGAAUAGAUUAACCAUGGCAGGGCAUACCGUUUUUGCUCUAAAAAUAGAUAUUUAUAAUGUUGGGAAAAUGGAAAUAUCCCAUAAAGUUAUUCCAGCACAGAACUGUUCUAAAAGAAAUAGUGUGAUCCAUUAUGCUGGUAAAAUAUAUUCUACUUAAUUGGUAGCAAGGCAGUGCGUUAAACAGCAACUGCUGACAGGAAAUGUUUGGGUAGAGUGAAUAACUUGAAUCUUGAAAUAUUAAAGGAAUUACCUUAGGAGCAUUCUGAAUCUGUAAUGUGGAUUUUCAACAAUCAUUGUACAGCUGGGAAAAUUUCAAGAGAUUUGAGAGUUCUGGUGAAGGUUAAGGUCUCAGUAUUUAAGAGAAGUAUGUCUGCAGAGCUGUAAGGAAGGAAUUUGACAGAAGCCCCUUUAAGGGAGAUCACAGUAUCUUGGAUACAUCCAUCAGGCACAUUCUACUCUCCCCACUGUUUCCUUUUGGGAAGGAAAUACAGACUGGAAAUCUCAGGUUGAGAGGCUGCUGGUUCCUCAAGUGUCUUGACAAGAGGAAUCCUCAUCUCCCAGCACUACAGAGUGGCCAAGAUCUGCAGCCAAGUACAGGAAAUCCUGGUUUUCAGUAAAGAUUAAUUUCAUUGUUAUGUCCUGUAAGGUUGCAGCUCACUGAAAGGCUGCUCUACCUCUGCAUUAUUCUUACGCUAUUCAGCUAUUGUGUUCAGUAUGAGAAAUAAAGGGGAAAAAAUGGGGGCUUCUUUUUUUUUUAACAUUAUUUUCCA